UCAGCUUUCCAUCUAUCUUGUUGGAUGCAUUCCUCUUCAUUUACUCUUCACAAACCAAUUACCAGCAAGUUUUUCAGUUCCUGUUGAUUAUCACGUUUGUUUACUUCAUAUAUAUACAUCUUUCUUUGUUAACAAUUCCUGGUAAUAUUAAAAAAAAAAAAAUUCCUGGUAACAACCAGAAAUCCCUAUUCGGGACUCAUGAACCCAGUUGUUCAAUAUCCUUCAGCUGAUGCUGUUUUGAAGUACAUCAACCACGCUCUUAUGGAGGAAGAGUUAGAGGAACAAAGUUGCUGCAUUUUACAGCAUUCCGCUCUUCAGGCAGCUGAAAAAUCCCUACAUGAUGUUCUUGCUCCAAAAUUUCUCCCUUCCACCAAUAUUCAUUGUGCACCUCCAUAUCAAAAUCAGUAUCUAGACAACCAAGUUAGUACUUGCUGCACCACAGCUAACAACAAGGUUGCAAGGAAUUCUAGCUUGAUGAUUCGCGAUGUUCAUGAACAUGAAUCUUCCAGUACAGUUGCUACUUUGCCACUGGGAUUUGAGUCCAAUUCAUCUCCUUCCUUUCCUCCAGCUGGAAGCAUUUCUGGAACUAAAGAAUUGCAGUCUAUUAGAGGAUGGAGAGUGGAAACUGGGGAAUUCAGCCAUCUGCAUGGAAAAGAAAUGAUUCUUGAUUUUGCAAACAAUAGAGUGACUCCCGUGGUGGCGGCUAAGACAACCAAAGGUAAAAGGGACAUUGAUCAUGAGUAUGAUUUCUUUAACCUUAAUGAAGAUUUUCAAAAUGCACCAACCAGCUUGAUAUUGCAUCAGAAGGGGCAAUCAAGAGGAUCUAAUGGUGAAAUGACUCCGGUUAAGACCCGAAAAUUGGUUGAUCUCAGCACUCUUUUGAUUCACUGUGCAAAAGCUGUAUCAGGCGAUGAUCACAAAACUGCAACUGAACUAUUAAUGCAGAUUAGGCGGCAUUCUACUCCGUGUGGCGACGGAUGUCAGAGGCUUGCCCAUUGCUUUGCUAAUGCUCUUGAGGGGCGCAUCGUUGGUACUGGGAGUGAGGCAUUUGCAGCUCUAGCUACUAUUAAGGUGCCACCUACUUGCGUGUUAGAUGCUUGGAAGCUCCUUUUCUCAGCUAGUCCUUUCUUGUAUAUAUCGAAUUUCUUCGUAUUCCACACCAUUAUGGAAGUUGCAGAAAAAGCAGAUAGGCUCCAUAUCAUACACCUUGGUGUUGUGUAUGGUUUCCCAUGGUCCUCCCUAAUCCAUCAUCUCUCAACAAGACCUGGAGGCCCUCCUGUGCUUCGUGUUACAAGAAUGGAGAUCCCCGAACCUGUUUUCGAUUCAGCACCAAAGCUUGAGGAAACGGGAAGUUACUUAGCAAGUUUUUGUGAGAGACUUAAUGUUCCUUUUGAGUACACUGCAGUAUCAAGGAAAUGGGAAAGUAUCCGAUUUGAGGACUUCAAGAUAGACAGAGAUGAAGUUACCAUUGUUACCGGUUUAUAUCGGUCCAGUAACCUGCUUGAUGAGACAUUAGCAGACGUAGACAUCAACUGCCAGAGGGAUGCUGUUCUUAACUUGAUAAGGAGGAUGAAUCCAAGUGUCUUCAUUCAUGGUAUAGUGAAUGGGGGCUAUAAUGCUCCCUUCUUCACCACGAGGUUUCGAGAGGCUCUUUUCUACUUCUCAUCGCUGUUUGAUAUGCUUGAAUCCAAUAUAUCCCACAACGUACCUGAGAGAAUGGUGCUUGAGCAAGAGAUAUAUGGGAAGAGGAUCUUGAAUGUGAUAGCAUGUGAAGGAUCAGAGAGGCUUGAAAGGCCAGAGACGUACAAGCAGUGGCAACUUAGGAAUAUGAGGGCUGGGCUCAGGCAACUACCAUUGAACCAAGGGAUCAUGCAAAAUAUGAAGGAACAAGUGAAGUUACAUUACCACAAGGACUUUUUGAUGGAUGAAGAUGUAGAUUGGAUUGUUCAGGGAUGGAAAGGAAGAAUCCUUUUUGGCCUCUCUUGUUGGAAAUCUGCAUAGCAAUUUCCAAAGAGAAAGAACAUAUUGGAAUUAUCUUUGCUUUUGGUCUCUCCAUAAUA